AUGGACGAUAUUCGCUUGUCCGCAGACCUGCCGGUGGACUGGACUGAUAUGCUGUCGCAAUUGAAUGCCAGCGGAGAUGUUUCGGGCGCUCAGCCUAGCUCGAUGGCCCCGAGAGGAGGAUUCGAAUCAAAUGGUGUCUCUGUGACACCUAUAGCGCGAAACAAUGAUCACUACCCAUAUCAGCCCUCCAUGCUAGAGUUGAACAACCUUGAUCGAAUUCUUGCGUUACCAUCUUCGAGCGCCAAUAAUGGCACUCCAGGUCCUCAUACGCCUUUUUCCGAACCUCAUGAUCUAUUCACUCUCCUCCCAAACACAACGCCUUCUACGGCAAAUCAAGAAGAGACCGAUGCAGCGGCGCAGCCAAUUUCCGGCCGGAGCGGAUUCUCCUUCCGGCGAGACGAGACCCACGUUUGA